AUGGUAUUAGUUCUUCCACAAAAAUCUUCAAUUAGUGUCAUGGGAUCCAAGAGACCAUUCACAACUGGUGGUGGAGGUGGUGGCAAGCCGGGCUUUGAAGCAAUACUUUACUCAUUCACCACAUCAUCAUUCCACCUCAUCAAUCUUGUAAAACAAUAUAUUGUAACAAUAUUAUUCUUAUUCAAACAUCAACAACAACAACAACAACAACAACAAAUGGAGUUUUCUUUUGACAAUACUAAAUUAAGUGGCAAUUACACCUCUAGACGCCAACUUCCUUUUGGCGGUGUUCCAGCAACAAAUGAAACACCUCAAGGAACCGUUCCUUUAAGAGGUGGAUUUUCAUUUUAA